UGUGGCAUGAAAAUUGUAUAAACAGAAUGCAAAAUGUCAUCAUUAGAAGAUGACUUGAAACAAAAAUCAGAAAAUGAAGAAAUUUCAGUCAAAACUAACGAUGAACAAGGAAAUGGUGCUCCCACCGGAUCAGAUAGUUCUUCAAUUAAUAAUGAGUUUUGUUUAGUAAAUGAGGGAGAUCUUGCAAGUGGUAGCAGUGUUGGGUCGACAUCAGUUUCACGUUCAGCAUAUAACAUGACUCCGGAAGAUAGUCGCGAGGAACUGGAAGAAAAACUACGUGAUGCUGCAUUUGAAAGCGAGGAUAGCAAAUCUUUUCUAUCUGCAACGCAGGAAUCGAACUCGACCACUGGGGAGAAGACAGAUAAACGAGAUGAUAUAGACUUGGUUGGUCUUCUCACUGGGACUUCAGAAGAGAUGCAGGAGCAAGUGGACAGUACGUAUCUGCAUGGUGUGACGUAUCUAGGAUGUGGCUCAGUGGAUAUGACUAUGGGCUACAAGGGGGCCCUGGAGGUCAUGUUGGAUUUGAAGCGAGAGGCGAUGAGUGCCGUUCCAGUGACACUCGUGGUUCCAACAAACUCGUCCGGAAAUUUAAGGUUGAUUACACCUGGGACUGACGAAGUGAAGUUCUCAGUCUCCAUUCGAAACAUCGCCUGCUGCACACGUGGCACCACCCAGGAGAUGCAAGACUGUCUGGGAUUCGUGGUCAGUCAGCCCACUCGGAGGCCCCAAGGAACCAUUUCAGCUACUGAAGAGGAGCAGUCAGUGCCGACCGAGUGUUAUUUGUGCCACGUGGUACAGUUCGCAGCACUCGAAACAAUCUCGGCUGCUUUGAGCAGUUUCUCUCAGGCUUUCGGCAUGCACUCUAUGCCCCCUGGGGGUCUCCAUGCAGCCUUGGGGGAGGAGCCUCUUCUGUUGGUUCAAUUCAAUGUCUCAGUGAAGGAGGGGGAGACGAAACAAGUGCAGUCAGUGACAGGUGGAUCCGCAAGCAGUACCAGCACGGAAAUUAAGUUCGCCUAUAAUGUUCCAAGAGAUAGAACGUGUUUGAAGUUGCGGCAGUCGGUGCUGAAGAAAGUUGAGAUUGCAGUGAAAGUCGUGUCUCAACCCCAGUUGCCCAUCGAACGAACGUGUGGCUUCUUCGUACAGUUCGACGAUACGGCUGCGAAUGUGAAGAACCGCAACUAUGAGCUGUUGGAUCAUCUGGAGAACACUUCGGGUGAAAAUAACGAAGUUUUAGCCUCAGGAAUCAUAGACCCCUCUUCGCCACAAUUCAGUCUGUUCAACUUGCUAACUGGCAAAGCCGGUUUGCUGUAUGUGCGUUUUGCAUUGGACGUGGUGUUCAUGGGAAUUGAGACUCCUGUGAGAUUCCACAUUCCCGUGGUGUGUCGGAUAGUGGGCAAGGGGGAGAGGUUCUUCUACCCCAACAGGAGACCACUAGUCAUAAGCUACAUCAUCAACCUCAAAGCCAUUCCCGAUACUGAUAGUUCAUACCGAGUGGAAGCUCUGAAGUGCGAGGGAGAGACGAACUCUGGAAGCAUGGCUGGAAGUCUAGCAGGAAGUAUAUUCCGGAUCAGUUCUGCUCACAGCUACGAUUUCUCGGCCGAAGAGGAGGACAGUUUGUCCAGUGUGAAUGGUGCUGGUGACUUUGCAAACGAGUUCUAUGGGGGGUCGGAGGCUGAUAGUUUGAACCAAGGGGCAGAAGAUGACCCGAAUGAAUCAGUUGAUGACGUGGUGUUGAUGAGUGGGUACGGCUCAGUGUCCAAAGACUGCAGCGCAGACAUCUUGGAAAAGUGGGAUCAAGUUUUGAAAGAAUGGAAAGAUACUGGAACCCCAGUCACACCGAUAGACUCACCGGAACAAAAUACUUUCUCAUUUGGGUUGCCCGGUAAAGGUCGGCCGCAACCGAAAAAAGUGAGACACCUAGUUCGGACUGUCGGUAUCCCAGAGGCUCUCAGAGGGGAGGUGUGGUUGCGACAGGUUGGGACGGAGGAUGCCGAGGAGCUAUGCGCAAAGUAUCGCGAGUUCCUAGACCAGGAGUUCACGAAUGAAGAUCAGAUAAAGAGAGACAUCCACAGAACGUUCCCGGCCAACGACUUCUUCAAGGACGACCAGGGACCAGGACAAGAGGCACUUCUGAAAAUUGCAAAGGCAUAUGCUCAGUACGACCACGAGAUCGGCUACUGUCAAGGCUUCACAUACAUAGCAGCUGUUCUACUCCUGCACAUGCCUGAAGAGCAAGCGUUCUGUGUGUUCGUCCGUCUUAUGGGUCUAUUCAAGCUACGCGAACUGUACAAACAAGACUUCUACGAACUGAAACUGAAGUGGUACCAGCUGGACAGUCUUGUGAAGGAUCACAUUCCAACUCUCUAUUACCAUUUCCAGAGUAUAGGACUGAAGUCACACAUGUUUUCGUCCCAGUGGUUCCUGACGCUCUACACGGCCAAGUUCCCGCUGUACUUGGUGUACAGAGUCUACGAUAUCAUCUUCAGCGAAGGAUUGUCGUUCCUCCUCAAUAUUGCGCUGGCGCUUUUGAGAGAGGCAAGUGAAGAGCUGUGUCGGAAAUCGUUUGAAGAAUGCAAUACUUAUAUCAAGGCCAACAUUCCCCGCAAGUACAGAGACGCCGCUUGUGCAGAGGAUCUCAUCAGAAAGGCUCUGCAAAUGAAGAUUAACCCCAAAAAGCUGUCACUAUAUGCUAAAGAAUACUACGAGUUAGUCCAGAGAGAAGAAAGACUGAAAGAUCCAAUGGAAAGACUGAAACUGGAGCAGCAGGAGAGCCAUUCGAAGAUAAUGUCACUGGAAGCAGAGGCGGUCAAUUUGGCCAAUGAGUUGGUGAGUGCUAAACUGGACUCCCAGAGGAAGUUGGAGACGGUGGAAGAGAAGGUGUCUCAGAUCCAGAACAUGUUCGAGAAGACUCAUCAGGAGCUGGCUGAGAUGCAGGACCAGAAGCAGAAUCUAGAAACUGAAGUGCAGGAGGUCGGAAUGCUGGAGCAGCAGGAGAGCCAUUCGAAGAUAAUGUCACUGGAAGCAGAGGCGGUCAAUUUGGCCAAUGAGUUGGUGAGUGCUAAACUGGACUCCCAGAGGAAGUUGGAGACGGUGGAAGAGAAGGUGUCUCAGAUCCAGAACAUGUUCGAGAAGACUCAUCAGGAGCUGGCUGAGAUGCAGGACCAGAAGCAGAAUCUAGAAACUGAAGUGCAGGAGUUGAAGAAGAUAGUGACUAAGUCGACGAAUGAGACGAAUCAGCAGAGAGACAUUGUGGCCGAGUAUCGCAAGUUGUGCUCACGAUUAGAACAGGAACGAGACGCACAGACCAAAAUAGUGGACACUCUCAAAGAUGUGGCAACGCAGUGCUCUAAUUGCAAAGAAAAAUGCUGCGAACUCUUGUCGUCAGGUGACUCAGAGAACCCUAACAGUGCAAACGGACACAGUAACCAAAAUGCAGUCAAAUCAUCGAGAGACUCUGAAUCAGAAUCCCUACACAUGGAACAAGAGCUCGCUUUGACUAAAUUGAGACUAGUGGAAGAGCAAAGUCAAAAUCAGCAACUAGAACACGAAGUGGCCGAGUUGAAACAAAUGGUAGCAGCUAUGAGUCAAUCGGCCAAUCAGAGCGCUUCUUCAGCUACUCAAUGGCUGUUGAAGAGAACACCAAACUUCCUGUCGCGCAACACGACAGGGAAUCAGGGAUCAAUUUCCGGCCAUGACCUAACCUAAUUUGCUGUGAAUUAUGCUAUCAUAAUGAUGCCAAAUUAUUUAACUUGUCAGUGUGCUCAUCAGCACACAACGUUUGCAAAUAGAACCCUCAAAUUAUUAUUCUCCUAAAUUCUGUAAAUUAUCUAUUUCAUUGCAGCAUAGUAUUGUAUGAGAAGAAGUGAAGAAUGUCUAUUUUCCAAUUGUAAUGUACAAUGAGUUCCUUUGAUUGUGCGAAGGCUAAAUGGCGUCAUGCUACUCAAUUUAGAUUUUAGGCCAGU